AUAAAGACGAGGAAAAAUUGUAGUAUCGGUGAAGGGCAUUGACGAUAUCGAAAAGAGACCGCGCGAAAUUUGUUCGUCAAAAAACACGAAACGUUUCGUCAGAGCUCGUAACCGUGACGAGUUAGACGCUCUCGCCCAUCCAUCGAACGGACUGUCAAUGAAGCUUCCAGCUGCGCCCAUCCUGUGCUACGUCGAACAACGUGGUAGUAAGAAUGAUUAGCGCACCGUCGACGACGCACACCAUACGCGUACGUGAAGUAGAUACUUUUUACGUAGCCCCACCAUUCUCGUACGUAUUACAUACGUGGAGGCGCACAAGCAGGCACGUCCGUACGUACGUACGUACGAACGGGCAGUGUCCGCGACGGACAUUUCGCGACGUUUAGUCGCUAGUUAACCGCGCUCGACGAUAACUCGCCUCGCCUCGCCUCGCCUCGCCUCGCCCCGUCUCAAUUCGCAAAAAAUGAGACGCGCGCGUUAUCCUUUCGUCGAAGCCUCGAACGAACUUUGACCAUUUCGUGCGACAGCUUAGAAAUAGUCGCGAGAGAGAGAAAGAGAGAGAGAGAGAGAGAGAGAGAGAGAGAGAGAGAGAGAGAGCAAGAGAGCGAGAAAAUAGAAAACAAACAAGAAUCGAGAAAAGUUCGAAAAGCACGCUAACCAGGUGAACAAAGUGAGAGAUAAUACGUCGUCGUCCGAGUCUCGCGUUCGUCGUAAACAAGGUUUACGGAGUAUCGUCCGAGCGUUGGACAAACCGAUGGCAAAAGCGGGCCAAGGUGUGAAAGACGCGAAUCGUAGUACGAGCGCGUAUCGUCGGAAAACAUUAGCGACCCGAUCGUGGUCGAGAGCGUGACACCUUCCUCGAGUCUCUCACAUUUCUUCCUCUUCUUCGAGUCGAGUCGAACCGAUCGCGACGGUCGCUCCCUACCACUUACGAUCGUUUACGAAGCUCCGAGAUCGAAAGAGAUCGAAAGAGAAGGAAGAGGGAAAGAGAGGGAGAGAGAGAGAGAGUUUUAACGAAAAAAUGGAGAUGGAGGGUAAAGGUACGACGAGACCGUGCGAGGAAUUAACGAAAAGACGCGUCUCCAUAAGCGAGCAGGUCUUUGGCGUGGAUAAUCCCGCGUUCGAGCAUCAUCGUCGUAUAAGCUCCAGUUCCGAGCACAAUUCGGAUCAAGGUAGAAGGAAGUCGAUACUUCACCAUACCGGCAGUAAUUACGACAGCGUCGAGAAUAUACCGCAGCACAACAAGUUCGAUCUCGCGGAGAAUGGGAGGGCGAACGGUAAUAGGAAAAAGUCGGCUUUCAGUCUGACCAGUUCCAUCAGGGAUAAGAUCGAGUACUCGGAAGAACUCGAGAGGUCGUGGUUGUACCUAUUUUGCGCCCGUUGUCAUGGACGCGACGAUACGCCGUCGUGGGAGCCACCUGGAUGGAAAAGAGCCUGUCCCCAGCCGUUCUGUCCGAGCUAUCGAAAGUUUGCCAGAAUCCUCUGCCUCUUUCUACUCGGUCUGCUAGUUUGGGGCGUCGUCUACUCGAUAGCCGGGAAGGACGCAGCGCCCGGAGGUCCUCUCUUCGGCCUUGCCACUCUCUGCAUAGCCGCGCACUUCGGAGGAUGGCUCUUUUCCUUGACGACUCUUCCGGCUUUGAUCGGGAUGCUGAUCACGGGAAUGAUACUGAAAAAUGCGGACCUCAUCAGCAUCGACGACCGUUACGCCGUCGUCGUCUCCAACUUGCGAAAAAUCGCACUGGUGAUCAUCCUAACCAGGGCAGGAUUGGAUCUCGAUCCAGUAGCAUUGAAGAGGCUGAAGAUCACCGUUCCGAAGUUGGGCCUGAUACCGUGGUUCGUCGAGGCUGGAAUGAUCGCAGUUUUGACGAGAUAUCUCAUAGGAUUACCAUGGAUCUGGGGUUUACUACUCGGAAGUAUAAUAGCGGCCGUAUCUCCAGCCGUCGUGGUACCUUGUCUCUUCAGAUUACGCGAGAGGGGCUACGGCGUCGCGAAGGGUAUUCCGACGCUGAUCAUAGCUGUAGCCGGAAUCGACGAUGCUGCGUCGGUCGCAAUAUACGGCAUCGUAAAGAGCGUCAUGUUCUCUCACGACGCGCUUUGGUAUCAGAUUCUUCAAGGACCCAUCGCUAUAGUCGGUGGUCUCGGCUUCGGUAUACUCUGGGGCUGUUUGGCGAAAUACGUUCCGGAAAAGGGUGACCCCUUCAUGGUGCCCCUAAGGGUAUUGAUGCUAUUAGGAGGUGGAAUGGUCGCGGUCUUUGGAAGCGAAGCGAUCGAGCUCGGAGGUGCUGGACCUCUUGCCGUAGUUGCCGCAGCCUUCGUCAGCUGUUACUUUUGGCAAAAGGACGGUUGGGAAGUGGACGACAAUCCCGUGGCAACGUCCUUCGAGAUCUUCUGGAUGAUAUUCGAGCCGAUUCUCUUCGGAAUCACCGGGACGCAGAUAACGAUCGCCGAGUUGAAAGGAAAAACCGUGUACCUCGGAAUAAGUUGUCUCAUAGCCGGCAUCGUUAUUCGGAUAAUCGUCACGAUAUUCGUAGGAAUCGGUAGCAAGCUCAAUACGAAGGAAAAAGUGUUUAUCUCUCUCUCGUGGAUGGCGAAAGCCACGGUGCAGGCGGCGUUAGGACCGGUCACUCUCGACGAGGUUAACCGCGAUAACGUCGAGCAGGUCGAAUACGCGAACACGGUCUUGACUCUUUGCGUUCUUUCCAUCUUAUUAACGGCACCGACCGGCGCGAUCAUCAUAUCGUUGUCCGGCCCGAAAUUAUUGACGAAGACGACGACCCCUAGCGCACCGCCGGACGCUUGGAAAACGAGAAGACCCUCGAUACGAGAUAUUUCGAUCAUCAACGAGGAUCCCGAUCUCGAAGAAACUGCGAGCGAAAGGAAACCUUGAUUGAUUUUCUUUCGACCUUUGUCUUUUUUUUUUUUCUUCUACUGUAUAUUCUUCUUCUUACGCUCGUUCGCCCGUUUACUCGGUCUCUUUGUCGGACGGAUGCCUCGAGAGGGAAAUACGUGUCCUUGCCUCGUCCUUCGUUCAUUCGCGCGUCGUCAUUUACGUACGUACAUACAUACAUACAUAUUUGCGUACAUGUGCGAGAGACGGAGCGCGAGUAUCUCUACGCGUAUGUACGCGAGUUCGACCUUCCCGAAAGAACAACAUUUCGCAAGGUCAACGCGGAAGCAUAAUGGAAGAAGGGAAGAAGAAAGAAACAGCUUAGUCUCUUACGUGCGUCCUUCUCCUCGAUGAAGGUGAUCGUAAUCCUCGACGACAGUCGUCCGAUACCGUUCUCCUCGCUCGGUCGUCCGAUAUCGCGGAUAAAAAGUUGCAAUUUUUCCUCGAAUUUCCGAGUGGUCAAAGGAUAAACCGUAUAUAAGAUAUACAAGCUCUUGUACCAUCGACGUUUCUUUCCAUUUACUUCCUGUCCGGUCGAAACAACUUAUUUUCUCUUCGAGGAAAAGGACAAGGCGAGGGAGAACGAAAAGAAAAUAGUUAUUUUGGCUGGUCGAACGCUAGCGAGAUAGAAGAUUUUAUAAGAUUAAGGAAAUAAGACGACGAAACAAGGAUCAUACAUAUUUGCCUAUAUUUAAAGAUUCUGUACAUUUUCGAAUCGUGGAGGUCUCCGUACGAUUCGAUAGAUCUUCUUCGACGCGCUACGAUUAUAUAGAUUCGCGAUCGCGUGUAGAUAUCUGUAUAUAUUUGUCGCUUACGUGCCUUAUCAUCGAUUAUGCGAGAGCGCGAUGACGAAGAUGAGAGUUGAACGUAACGUAACGAUGAUCGAUCCGCGAUCCAUCGAGGAGGGUAUUUUAUAAACGUAAGCAACCAUUCGACGCUCUCGAAGUCGAGUAACGAUACGACUAAGGCGAUAUAAGACGUUUCUUCGCGAGAUAAGAUUUUCGAAUAUAUAAGUAUAAUAAAAGUAUUUCUGCGAUAA